AUGGAGCCAAGUAAAACCAGCACCCGGCGCAAUCCCGAUCAGUGCUAUGCGUGCUACUCCGAGAUUGCUAAUAUUGUAGCCCAAAUGGGUGGGUUGUACUGUCACCAAAGCAGAAACGCUGGUCCCCAGUUACUCUGUCGUAUAUGGCGUACACUGUGCGAAUCAGUGGAAGAAACCCUCGUGAGAAAGCGUUCUUGCAUAAUACCAGACUUCUUACAUGCCAGCAUCAAGGUGCAGAGGGUCUCGCCAUUCGAUGGUGAAAUUAAUUUGUACAAACCACAGAUGGUGUUGCUUCCUGACUUUCUUUCAAAAUUCCACGUUCAGAACGUUCUCACCUUUCGCGAUGCGCACUAUCAUGCCACAGUCCCAAAUAUCAUAAGCUUCGAUGAGAUAGCAGCGAUUGUUGGAACAGAUCGGCAUAUAGUGAAAGCGGCUGUGAGUGAGUCCGUGCGUGAAAUUGGGAAAUAUUUGGAUCGCAACAAGUGCGCGGUGUUAUCUAUCGAUGUUGGUGUUGCUUUUUUGGAAUUCCGGGGACGCGAAUACCGAAUCAAGUGGGCCGACACUUUUCUGGAACGGCUCAAGAGGGAAGUUGGACCCCGCUCCUUCGUCGAACCGUACAUUCCACCAACCAUGGCACCAGACGCGAGGGGUUGUCGCUUCCAAUCAGAGUGCUUGACGAAGGAAUCGCUACAUGGGUCGCUAAACGAUACACUGCAGCGAGAAAGUCGAACUCAGGUGGUGGAGAUGUGCGGCUCGCAAAACAAACAGUUUACGCUAUCACCUUCUUGA